CUCUAGCCCAUUCUCCCUGCCUGGACGGAGCACAGAAAAGACAUAAAAGGAAGGCAAAUUCCCAUCCAAAGCCCAUUUUCCAUCCCACAAUCAUCCUCUCACAAUCAUCCUCUCACAAUGUCCCAACCUGACUCCCUCAGCCUCCAGGGCAAAGUAGCCCUCGUCACCGGAUCCGGCAAGACGAGAGGCAUCGGCGCCGCCAUCGCUGCUCUACUAGCACACCAUGGCGCAUCCGUCGUCAUCAACUACGUCUCGUCAUCCACGGCCCCCUCCGCUGCCGGGGUGGCAGAGAAAAUCACCUCCGCGGGAGGUAAAGCCCUCGUCGUGCAGGCAGAUAUCUCCCGUCCGGAAGAAGCCCAAAGACUGGUACACGAGACCGUCACUACAUUUGGAAAGAUCGAUAUUUUAGUCAACAACGCCGCCACUGGAGUCCCGGGUCCGGUACUCAGUGCUACGCCCGAGGCCAUAACGACCACCUUUGCCGUCAACGUCUUCGGUCCUAUCUAUCUAACCCAGGCAGCGGUAUCGCACAUGCCGCCGCAUAGUCGGGUGAUUAAUAUCGGGUCCGUGGCGUCGAAGCUGGGCGUGUCGGGAUCGCCACUGUAUAGUGCCUCGAAGGCGACGAUGGAUGCGUUGACGUUUUCGUUGGCGAUGGAGUUGGGUCGCAAUCACGGCGGCAUAACGGUGAAUACAGUCUCCCCUGGUCCAGUGGAUACAGAUGGGUUGCCGCCCCAUGUGGCAGAGAAGAUCAACGAGAAAAUGGUUCCUCUUAGUCGGGUGGAGGAGAGAUUAGGGACCGUAGAGGAUGUCGCGGAUGCGGUGCUCUUGUUGUGUUCGGAGAAGAGUCGGUGGAUAUCUGGGCAGGUUAUCUCGGUUAGUGGGGGGAUUGUGG